GUCAUCCAGCUGUCUGUCUCCCCCCACUCAUCAUGAGCUCCUGGGUGGUGAACAGAAGGGGAGAACCACAGUACCGCCGGCACUUCUUGACGGACAACAGCAUCUUUCAUGUGGAGCGAUGCAUGAGUGUGAUGCAGUCCGGGACACAAAUGGUGAAGCUGAAGGCUGGAUCCAAAGGGCUGGUGAGACUCUUCUACCUGGAUGAACAUUGCUCCUGCAUCCGCUGGAAGCCUUCACGCAAGAGUGAGAAGGCCAAGAUCACCAUUGACUCACUUUACAAGGUCACAGAGGGUGGUCAGUCAGACAUUUUCCAUCGACAUGCCGACGGAAGCUUCGACCCAGCCUGCUGCUUUACUGUGUACCAUGGAAAUCACAUGGAGUCCCUGGACCUGGUGACAUCCAAUCCGGAGGAAGCCAGAACCUGGAUAACUGGCCUCCGUUACCUGAUGGCUGGCAUCAGUGACGAGGACUCGCUGGCCAAGCGGCAGCCGGAUAAGAAUGGAGACGGUCUACUGAACAUUGAUGAGAUCUACCAACUUCUUCACAAGCUGAAUGUCAAUCUGCCGCGCAGGAAGGUCAAGCAAAUGUUUCAGGAGGCAGACACGGAUGAUCAUCAGGGAACGCUAACGUAUGAGGAAUUCUCCGUCUUCUACAAGAUGAUGUCCCUGAGACGGGACCUGUUCCUGCUCAUGAUGGCAUACAGCGACAGGAAAGACCACCUGACAGCAGAGGAACUGGCUGACUUACUGCGCAAUGAGCAGAAAACCAUCAAUGUGACAGCAGAGUACGCAGCGGAAAUAAUUGACAAGUUUGAGGUGUCUGAUGAAAAUAAACAAAGAGGGGUUAUGGGAAUUGAAGGCUUCACAAGUUUUAUGCGCAGCCCAACAUGUGACAUUUUCAACCCGCUGCACCAUGAAGUGAAUCAAGACAUGGAACAACCUCUGUGCAACUACUUCAUUGCCUCCUCUCAUAACACCUACCUGACUGGAGACCAGCUCCUCUCCCACUCCAAGACUGACAUGUAUGCCUGGGUGCUGCAGUCCGGCUGCCGCUGUGUGGAAGUUGACUGUUGGGACGGCCCCGACGGAGAGCCGAUGGUACAACAUGGCUACACUCUGACUUCCAAGAUCACAUUCAAAUCCGUCAUAGAGACCAUCAACAAAUAUUCCUUCGUUAAUAACCAAUACCCAGUGAUUCUCUCCAUAGAGAACCACUGCAGCAUCCAGCAGCAGAAGAAGAUUGCUCAGUACCUGCGAGAAAUCUUUGGAGAUAAACUGGACGUGGGUGAUGUAAUGGGCCGAGACUCCAAAACAUUACCCAGUCCCAACAGCCUGAGAGGAAAGAUACUCAUCAAAGGUAAACGCCUGCCUGCCUAUUUGUCUGCCGACGCUGAGGAAGGGGAGGUAUCUGAUGAUGACAGCGCUGAUGAAAUCGAAGAGGACUUCAAACUCAAGAGCAGCAAUGGCAAUGGCCAUCACCAAGUGGAGUCUCACAUCAGAAAGAAACUGGACUCUCUUUUGAAAGAGUCUCGGAUCGGAGACAAAGAGGACACUGACAGCUUCAGCAUCCGAGCUCUGCUCCGGGCCACGCACCAGGGCCUUCAGAAGAACCUGCGGCAGAGUUCAAAAGGGGUUUUGAAGAAAUCCCAAAGCAGAUCCUUCAUCACCACACUCAAACAGAAGAGGCACUCCAAGUCCAGGCUGUCGUGCCAAAGCCUUGACAAAGAGGAAGAAGUUCAGGAAAAGUCUGGAAGGGAGGCUAGUGGACAGUUCAACAGGGGUGGAAGGAAGAGGAAGACGAUGAAACUGAGUAGGGAUCUGUCAAACCUAGUGGUUUUCACCAACUCUGUUGCCUCACAGGAAUGCCUGAAUGAAGGUACACCAGGUGACAUUUUGUCAUUCAGUGAGACCAGAGCCCAGUCUCUAGUCAAUCACAGGACAGAGCAGUUCUUGGCUUUUAACCAGAGGCAGCUGUCACGGAUUUAUCCCUCAGCCUAUCGUAUCGACUCUUCUAAUUUUAACCCCCAAUUCUACUGGAAUGUGGGUUGCCAGUUGGUGGCCCUCAACUAUCAGACAGAGGGGAGGAUGAUGCAGCUCAACAGAGCCAAGUUCAUGGUGAAUGGAGGAAUUGGCUACGUUCUCAAACCUCCUCCUAUGUGCAAAGGCUCCUUCAACCCAUUCAGUGAUGACCCACUUCCAGCUUACCCCAAGAAGCAGCUCAUUCUCAAGAUCAUUAGUGGACAGCAGCUGCCCAAGCCACCAGACUCCAUGCUGGGGGAUCGUGGAGAGAUUAUUGAUCCGUUCGUUGAAGUGGAGAUCAUCGGUUUGCCAGUUGACUGCUGCAAGGAACAGACACGAGUAGUUGAUGACAAUGGUUUUAAUCCUGUAUGGGAGGAGACGCUGUCCUUCACACUUCACAUGGCUGAGGUGGCACUUGUGCGUUUCCUUGUGUGGGACCACGACCCAAUUGGGCGAGAUUUUAUUGGUCAACGGACUGUGGCCUUCAGCAGCCUGAUGCCAGGUUACAGACAUGUUUACUUGGAAGGGCUGACUGAGGCUUCGAUCUUUGUGCACGUGUCCGUGCAUGAUGUCUAUGGGAAGUGGAGCCCUCUAGUCCUGAACCCCAGCUUUACCAUAAUGCACUUUUUAGGUGCUAACAAGGGUCAUCAGCUGCGGGGAAUCCGAGGUUUCUUCAACCGUUCCUCCAAGUCAUCUGUGGACACCAGUUCCUCUUGUCUGCGAAAACGCUCUAUAAGUGAUCAUCUCCUCCGCCGCACAGCAAGCGCCCCGGCGAAGGGACGGAAGAAGACCAAGAUGGCGUUGUCAGAGUCGGUGGCUUCAAUAUCUGACCAUAAGAAUGGCGCAGGUGCAGGGUCAAGAGGAGAGGGGGCAUCAGGGAAGGAUGGAGGGGCGGAGAAGCCUCUCCAGCCAAGAGCACCUCUUAUCCACAGACCUAUCUCAAUGCCAUUAGACAGACUCCUGCAAGGACAGCUGUCCCUCUGCUCUUCAGACAAGAAGCAGCAAGAUGUGGGAGCAGACGCCAUCAUUGGAGCAUCUCCAUUCGACAGGCCAAGGUCUUCUUCUGUUGACCUUCUCAUUGAAACAUCAGUCUCAGUUAAGUCAAGUGUCUCUCCCCCAUCUAAGAAAAAUAGAAAUAAACAGUUUGACCAGUCGGUGGAGACAUCCAACUUUGUUACUGGCAAUGACGUAAGAAAGGAAGAAGACUAUGUCAAUUACCAGUCAGACCUCAACAAGACAAAAAUCCCCCUGGCAGGAAAAGGGAAAGGCUGUUGUAUCUCACCCUCAUGGAAUAGCCCAAUGAAAAAAGAUAAACCUGAAACAUCAUCAAACAGUACAACAUUCACGGUGGCACCUUCGGUUUCUUCUUCCUCCUCCUCUGCAUCUCCAGCAUGUCAGGUCCAGAAGUGUUCCGGCUCUUUACACGAUAGCACAAUCUCAAGGCUUAUUGAUGCUGUGUCCUUAGACAAUGAGCAAGACUCAUGUGGCUCUAUUUCUGUUUUGAUUGGUCAGUUUGAAAGUAGUGUAAACCAAAACACUGCCGCAGGCUUAUCUUAUGAUGUAGCCCCUUCCCAAAUGUCAAACUUCAGGUGCAACUCGGCAAAAGUGCUGGAAGAAUUAAGGUCCCCCCCACACUUCCACACACCGUCUCCUACUAAGAAUUUACUGACAAGUCCACAGAAGGGAACCCAAAAGGCUAAUUCUGUAAAUCAAGAAACUUUUUCACCUCGCAAGAUUUCCCAGUCGGACACACCUACUCCAGCCCUCAUCUCGAGCCCACAAACCACUGAGCUUGAGGAGGUGUAUACCAUUCUGGAUGAGGAGGUUCUUUCACCUGUGUCUGUGUACAACCUGCGUAAACAGACAGUUCACAUUCAGCCAGACUUCACAGAGAGCACGAGUUGCUUAGGUUCGACUCCUCCAAAGCCUGCUCAGAGUUUAGGCAAAGAGCCCAGUGCUAGCUGGAGGGAUGUGGACAGGAGAAUGGGUGAAAGUAAAGAAGUGGAAGAGACAGAGGAGAGGAUAUACGAGGAGGUAAAUGACCUUGCAGCAGCUUUCCCUGAAACAGAGCAGGGUGCAAGUAAGAUGUACACCGCCUCGUCUUUAAACAGCAACUGCUUCCAGUGUUUGCAUAAUUUGACUCACGAGGCAGUUACAGAGGUGGAAUUGAACGUUGACGAGGAUCCAUCUGAAACUCUGUUGACUUCACCAAGACGUGGCAGGAAUUGGGAAGGGUUUGUAAGUCCAACCAAACGCUACGCCAUUUACCAAAACCAUGAGUCCACUCCACAAAAGCAGGCCUCGUUAUUUCCUAAACCCCAUUAUGCAGCACAUCCGUUUCACGCAGACUUUUCAAAGGAUCAGUCCCCAAAUAAUCAACUGGCUCACCAGCAGUCUAAUAACCAUCAACAACAGGACAACUCCCAGCCACCACUCCGCCAUAGAUUUCUCAACCGUGGACCAUCAAAUCCAGGCACUUUGCGUCAGAAUAGUUUCCCCAUGUCACAGAGACACUCUGAGCCCCUUAGCAACAGCAGAGACAUUGGUAUUUACACACAGCAGAAGAGCCACAGAGGUAGCCAGAUGGUAAGCAGGACUACUAUAGACAGGCCAGAGUACAGUCAAAGGGAGAGGGAGCAAGUGGGGAGCUUCUGCAAUGGCCUCCCGGCUCAAUCUGCCACAUCUGUAAACACCUCAAGAGACAGAGGCCUUUAUUCCCCCUCUUCUGAAUGUGAAGCCGUGUACAGCCACCUGGACUAUGACUGCAUAAUGUCCUCAUGUUCACCUUCUAAAACCAGCCAACUGCAGGGCUCAAGUCCAACAAAAGUUCGUGGCCUUAAACAGUUUGAUACACAUAAGGCUCCCCUGAAUAAAACAGAACAGUCCCAACCUGCUUUCAAAGCUUCGCCGCUUUCAAAUUUAGCGCCAUUAAGUCACCUUCAGUCUGCCAUGACAGACUCCACAGGUUCCACACCAUGCAAGUCUAAAUCCCUGGGAGACCUGACUUCUGAAGACAUAUCGUGCAACUUUCAGAGCAAAUACCACAUUAUUAGUCGCAGUUUUGUCACUCCCCACAUGAGGAAGGAGAAGAAUAGAUGUAGUAUGGGAAGAGUGGCUUUUCCCUCACAGUCCUGUGAUCCACUCACAGAGCAGUUACGCAGGCUGGUCAGUCUGGAGGGAGAUGAUAGUGACAGAGAAAGCCCUGGAUCCUGUCAGAUUAAUCGAGAAGCUGAAUCCCAACUAUCACAGCAACAAGAAACAAGUGUAUCUCCGGUUGUUCCCAGAGACAUGGACGAUUCCCCUCCCACCCUUACCCGUCGUCUGUCCUCACGCAGCCAAAGCCGAGUCCGUCAUAUCAACAGUCGUGCCCGUGAGAGGCAGCAAGAAGCUCUCAAACCUCGGCCAGGGGUGGUGGUAAAUUGCCCCGCCAGCAUUAGCGGGGUGAUACUGAGAAAUAAACCGGCCUCGCAGAAUCCACCAACUAACAGACAUUCCACUGGUUCGUACAUCGCAGGCUAUCUCGGUGAACUCGAGGACAGAGGACUUCCUGAAGGAGCUUGCACGUCAUUACGUAAUGGCAAUAUGGACCAUUAUGGAGACAGGUAUCACACAGAUGACUCUCUCCCACCUUUUGACAGUUCGCACUCAACAUCGGAGCCUGAGGUCUACUUUCUGCUCAGACUUUAGCCUCUUGAUUAAAUUCUGUAUGUGCAAAGAAAAGGUCAACUGAAUUAGAAAUUGCAAUUGUAUGUUAAGAUGUUUACCAACCAAGAAACUUUCCUCUCAAACUGUUGAAUGAAUAUCAGUCUGGAACAGUUUCUAGUCUGUACAAUACACUAUGAAUGAAGUAUCUUAUAUAAUCCAUGGAUGGACCUGACAGCAUGAAAUUCUUGUAUGAAAUAUCCUCUAUUCAGCCGUGAAAGGUCUAGUUGACUGUGUAUUCUGUGUAUUGUCUGUAUUCUGCUAAAUAUGUUAUGUACUUGGGAACUUUGAGUAACUCCAGCUGGCUUCCUAGACAGAUUGUACAGAUUCUUGUUACCUUUGUUCCUGUGUUGUACCGUCCAGUCUAUGUACUUAAGCAAAAAAAAAAAGAAGAAGCAGAGAGCGUCUUUCUUUGUAUCAUUUGAAUGUGUAGUAUAAUCAGUCAGCUCUUUUCAAAAGAUGGGAUCCAUCUUUUCAAAUGUAAAAUGUAAGUCUUCCUGCUCUUUUUUGUGGUACUUCCUUACUUGUGUUCAAACACCCCAGACAUGACUCUUUAUCUGAAAUGGUUUUCAGUUGAUUAUCAGUUUGAAUUGCACAUGUAUGUUUGUGCAUGUUACAUGUGAACAUGUCAAGCAUGACUAUGCACCAGUUUAUACAAUAGGUGUUGUAUUACCCAUAUGCAUUUGCACAGGCGAACGCUUGUUUGUAUUGUGUACGUGCAUAAACUUCUGUGCUUUGACUUGUUUCUCUCAAUGACUUGUAGAUUUUCCAAAUACGAUGGCAAAAUUAAAAAGGAAUUGGGGUUCAAAAGUUUUUAUUUUUAUAAUUGCUUUGAUACAGACGACAAAAAAAGCUCUCUUGUUCCUUCUGGUUAUUUUGUUUUGUAUAAUUUAAUGGACUGGUUAAACAAAAAUACAGUUGCACACAAUAAGGCUGACGACAAGUGGGAAGUAAAGCCACACAUUUGUUUUUUAAAUGAUCAUUUUAGUGUGGCACCAUCCUUUUUCUUUGUAUUGUUGCUCAUUGGAGAUUGGUGAGCAUUUUCCUAUCGAUGCAAUAAAAUAAUUAGAUAUUUGA